AUGGUUUCCCAAUCCGUAAACAAGACCAACCUCCACCCUUCUGGUGUUCUCCCAAGCAAAGGACACACCGAGAUUGAAGAGUCGCUCCACGACAAGGCACACAUUGACUAUGACCGCGUAGCCAUUAUUGCCAACCCUUCAGUCGCUGCUCUCUACGAAGAUGCCCUCGUAUACGAGACCGGUUCCGCAAUCACAGCAUCAGGCGCUCUCUCGGCAUACUCAGGAGCCAAGACUGGCCGCUCACCCUCGGAUAAGCGCAUCGUCGAGGAAGACUCGUCGAAAAACGAUGUCUGGUGGGGCCCUGUCAACAAGCCAAUGAAGACUGACGUCUGGCGAAUCAAUCGUGAGCGUGCUAUCGACUACCUCAACACCCGCAACCGCAUCUAUGUCGUCGACGGUUUCGCCGGCUGGGAUGAGCGCUACAGGAUACGCGUCCGCGUCGUCUGCGCUCGUGCCUACCAUGCUCUCUUCAUGCGCAACAUGUUGAUCCGCCCUUCACGGGAAGAGCUUGAGCACUUCAAGCCCGACUACACCAUCUACAAUGCCGGUGCUUUCCCUGCCAACAGGUAUACCAGCGGCAUGACCUCCUCGACCUCGGUUGCCCUCAACUUUGCGGACAAGGAGAUGGUUAUCCUCGGUACCGAGUACGCUGGGGAAAUGAAAAAAGGAAUAUUCACUGUCCUCUAUUACGAGAUGCCCGUCAAGCACAAUGUUCUCACUCUCCAUUCCUCUGCCAACGAGGGUCAGGAUGGCGACGUUACCGUUUUCUUCGGUCUGUCCGGAACUGGAAAGACCACCCUCUCUGCCGACCCUAAGCGUGCCUUGAUCGGUGAUGACGAGCACUGCUGGUCUGACACUGGUAUCUUCAACAUUGAGGGUGGCUGCUACGCCAAGUGCAUUGGUCUCUCUGCCGAGAAGGAGCCCGAUAUUUUCGGUGCCAUCCGCUUCGGCUCCAUUCUCGAGAACGUUGUCUUUGACCCCGUCACCCGUGUUGUAGACUACGACGACGACACCCUGACCGAGAACACCCGCUGCGCCUACCCCAUCGAGUACAUUGAAAACACCAAGAUUCCCUGCAUCUCCAACCAGCACCCCAAGAACAUUGUCCUCCUUACCUGCGACGCCCGCGGUGUCCUUCCUCCCAUCUCCAAGCUGAACCCCGAGCAAACAAUGUACCACUUCAUCUCCGGUUACACCUCCAAGAUGGCCGGUACCGAACAAGGUAUCACCGAGCCCCAGGCCACCUUCUCCACCUGCUUCGCCCAACCCUUCCUUGCCCUACAUCCCAUGCGCUACGCCAAGAUGCUCGCCGAGAAGAUCCAACAACACAACGCCAACGCCUGGCUCCUCAACACCGGCUGGGUCGGUGCCGGUGCCACCACUGGCGGCAAGCGCUGCAGUCUCCGCUUCACCCGCGCCAUCCUCGACGCCAUCCACAACGGCGAACUUGCCAACGCCGAAUACGAAAACUACGAGGUCUUCAACCUCCAGGUCCCCAAGAAGUGCACUGGUGUCCCCGACGACCUACUCAACCCCCGCAACAGCUGGAACGGCACUGCCAGUCUCCAAGAUGAGGUUGAGAAGCUCGGAAGGCUCUUCAUGGAGAACUUUAAGAAGUACGAGGAUGAGGCUACCAAGGAGGUUAUUGAGAGUGGUCCACAUGUAUGCUGCUGCCCCAAGCACUAA